GAUACAUUCUGGAAGAUGCCAAGAUAAAUGUAUCACAGGGACUGUUUAAAUUCUAGAUGAUGGCCAUAUGAAACUUUCAUAAGGGCUGGUGAACUCUAAAUGAUUGCCUUAUAGAUCUAUCACAUUUCCUGGCAAUGAUGAGGCCCAGGUGGUGUGUGGACUUAGUGUAAUUAAGAAAACAAAAGAAAAGGAACCGAUGUCGAACUUUGACGCAUCAACAUUUGCGCACCAGCGAGUUAAUGGUGUCAUGGAACUUUUCCAAAUUUUAGCCGGGUCAGUGGGUGAUCAGUACUCAGGGAAUGCUGACGCGGCACUACUAGCCGCGUGUCGGGCUGGGAACACCUUGAUCGUCGAGGGGCUGCUCCAGCUUGGUUCAAACGUGGACGCGAGAGACGAAGGUGGGAGCACCCCACUGAUGAUCUGCACGGAGCUCGCCCUGACGGACGUGGCUCGUGUCCUAAUCGCGCACGGCGCCGACAUCAACGCCGUCAACUCCAAUGGAGAAACCGCUCUCAUCUUGUCCGUUUACAGUGAUGCAACCGACGUGACGAAACUGUUGCUGGAACAUCCAGACAUUGAGAUGGAGCAGCAAAACAACGAUGGGUACACAGCACUCAUGUGCGCCAUAGAGUGUCUCAACUGGGGCGCGAUAUUUGUUCUUUUUGACGCAGGUGCUUGUUUCGGUGGAGAUAUGUUCACGCCGACGAAUUCCCCACCGACUCCAGGUCCUUUUGUCAACACGGGGGCCUUAGCUGAACAGAUUGCGAAAGCCAAUGGUUCGCUAGAAGUUCUGCAAAUGCUAAAAAGUUGUACGCUGAAUGGCAUCCAACCCUUGGAACGAGCUGUGUUAAACAGAGAUCUCAAAUCAACACAGCUGCUCAUUCAACACUACGUUCCCUCUCCGACCACUCCAUCAAUCUGUGCAAUGAUUUUAAAACUACUUAAUUGCAUACAGGAGAGCGUGUCGGCGCUAAGUAACAUUGAUGUGGAGAUCAUCAACAUUCUUUUAGAUAAACUUGACAACGCUGACGGAGAUCGACUAGAAAAGCAAAAAGUUCUUGAACUUGCCACAGGUAUGGGUAACUACGACCUGGUUCAAUUAUUAUGUCAACGAGGUUUCUUUGGAUCCGACAGGGCCCUGGGGUUAGCAGCGGCCAAGGGAAGAUGUGACAUUCUUCAGUUGCUGCUGGAAGUCCCAGCGGACACCAACCUUCUGGACAGCAGCAGUGAGCUUGCGUAUACUGGCUCUGCUCUCCAGCUUGCCAUUGUAAACGAAAAAUUUGACUGUGCAAAAAUUUUGAUUUCACGUGGUGCUAAAAUUAACAUACUUGAAGGACUCACAGAUGCCUUACAUCGUGGUUCUGAAGAAGUUCUUCAGUUUUUGAUUGACCAGUAUCCAUGUCUGAUGAAAGAGAAUUUCAACAGCUCUAAUGGCUUCCAUGUUGCUGUGAAAAGGAGCGACCGCAGAAUAAUCAACUUAAUGCUAGAUCAUGGCGCCGACGUCAAUCUGAUCAUUCAAGGAAAAACUGCGCUCAUGAAUGCAGUAGACCCGAUCGUUGUAGAUUUGUUGCUUGAGAGGGGAGCCGAUGUCAACCAGCAGGUUAACUCCUCGGUUUGCGGGUCAGCUUUACAUUACUCACUGUCCAGUGAAUACAGGACACAGCUGGACGAUUCAACCAUCGAAGACGUCAUCAGAAAACUGGUGGAGAACGGAGCGAAUUGUAACCUUAAAAAUAUUCUUGGACAGUCUCCGCUAAAUCUGGCUGCUCAAAGGCCAAGGUCAUCUCGGAUCAUCAGAUUACUCGUUCAUUCUGGUGCUGAUCUAAACGAGCGCGAUUUUUUAGGCCAAACAAUGCUGCACAUUGCAGUUGAAAACGUCGAGAUUGAAAAUGUGCAGGCGCUCUUAGAUGCCGGGGCAGACGUUAACAUGACCGACGAUUUGGGUCGGUGCGCUCUCUUCGGAACCGCAAACAUGGCGGCCAUUUGUUGCUUGCUGGGCAGGGGAGCUAAUGUCAACUCACGAGAUGGAGAGGGUAAUACCAUCUUGAUGCACGUUUUAAAUCACGAGGGUUGGUAUUUCUGUGAUAUCGGGGUGCUCAUCGAUGCUGGUUGUGAUGUGAAUUCUAGAAAUCAGAAAUCAAGGACAGCCCUUAUGAUCGCGGCUGAUUCAUGCAACGUAGAAGCACUCAAACUUCUGCUGGAGGCUGGGGCUGACGUCAAUGCCGUCACGGAAGGACCUAAGAAGAAAACGCCGCUCAAAAUGUGUUUGAGGAAUCUGUGGGAAGACAACGAGGAAGCCGCCACUACUUGCUGUGAAAUUCUCCUUGAGCACAAGGCCAGCGUUGAGGAAUUUGACCCGUCUGUCGUGCAUCAGCUUGUCGCCAAAGGUCUUAAUAGGCUUGUUGAACAAUUCAUCCACGCUGGACUGGGGCCCUCCGACGUGAGAAUUGAACGUAAGAUACAAGGCUGGUUUAAAGGGACAGCAAAACUGUCACCGCUGUGUGUAGCGCUGCUAACAUAUAACACGGCCCUGGCUCGGUAUUUCUUCCGCAUAAAUUUUUUAACCAAGUCAGACCUCACCAUCAUCUCCAAAAAACAGAAUGUGCUCAAAUAUCUACAAUCCCAUUUUAAUUUGGAUUGCAUGAAAUUUCUCGAGGAUGUCUGCCAGAAGCCGUUAUCUCUCCAGACUCUUUGCGUCAUUGGUGUCUCUUCAGCCAUUGGUUUGGGGCGUGGGAGAGAAGAGAGAGUCAGCAGGACGGGACUGCCGACUCCUAUUCAAGAUGCUUUAUUGUUCAGGCGCGAGUCUGUGAUUGGCGAGUCGACUGGCAGCCCCGGUAACAGUGGAAGCUACAUGUUCACGCAGUACAUGAACGCGCAGUAUGUGCGCAUGUCCUUGCUCUGUUCCCUGCAAAAAGCUGAGCGGAUUCGAGGGAUCCUGUCACCAAGUGACAGCUCUGAAGAUGAGAACAGUGAUUAACAUUGCUCGAUAGAUCUACACUGACAGAGAUAGGCAUGUCAAAAAUGUUUUUUUUAAAAAACACCCGUCCGGGUACCCGUUGGUCCACCUAGCCGGGGUAACCGGGUCCCCGUUGGUCCACCUAGCCGGGGUAACCG